AUGGAGAACGUUAACAAAUUACUACUGCAGAAUGUCCUGCCCCUUCAUGUAGCAUCUAAAUUCAUGGGCAAGGCCAUACGCAACCAGCAGCUUCUCUCUAAGCCAAAGUUCUGUUCUGUGGAGAAGAUUAAGACUAUUGGCAGCACCUACAUGGCAGCUGCUGGUCUGUCCAAUCCUGCUAUAGGGGAAGAGCGAAAGGGCUGUGAUGUGUCCUACAGCCAUGUACGCAGCAUGGUCGAGUUUGCCAUCGCUCUGAAGAACAACCUGGAGUCCAUCAACCAACAAUCCUUCAAUAGCUUCAAGCUACGCAUCGGGAUAAACCAUGGUCCAGUGAUUGCAGGUGUGAUCGGAGCCCACAAACCACAGUAUGAUAUAUGGGGGAACUUUGUGAACGUGGCCAGUAGGAUGGACAGCACCGGAGUACUGGACAAGAUACAGGUGCCAGAGGAGACAGCUCAGGUGGUGGAUACCUUUGGCUUCAGUGUGACCAAGGGAGGAGUCAUCACCGUCAAGGGAGAACUCAACACCGACUGACCAAACAGCUCCUCUUUUCUGACCUCUCCAACCAAUCAUAAACACUCAUCUGACCUCACAUCACAGACACUGACCAAUCACAAUCAUCCUUAUUUAUUCUCAUGCUCAUGGAUUAAUAACGUUAGACUAGACAGUAAUGCUGUGAACGGUGACACUGUGCCCUAGGAGGAAGGAGGCAGGGGCGGACUGGCCAUCAUAGGGCAUUUGAGCAAAUGCCAGAUGGUCUGGUCCUUUUUUAACCCAGUGGGCCUGUCUCACUUGGUGUUUUUGCGCAACAUUAUCAUUAUUUUGAUAAUAAUGGGGACUUCGAGGAUAGAAAAUGCACUGGUCGAUUUCUGGUCCCAGUCCGUUCCUUUUUGCUGUCUUUUGGAUGAAGACGUUAAACCAAAAUCCAGACUGUCAAAGGCGAUUUGUGAUAAUUUAUUAAUUGUGUUUUUAAUGACUCUCUAUUCAUUUACUACUGUAUCUAUCUAUGUGUGAAUUGUGAAUGACAGACACCUAACCAAGGCCUUUAGGAAUAUCCUCUUACUAAUGACAGACACACAGAGUGGGUUCAAGGCAAGAAAUGACAUUGAAAGGGCCUUAUUAGGAAAUGACAAGAGUAUAGAGAAACACAAGAUGGUGUGCUCUUCAAUGGUUCCCUUAAAGGGAUGUUUGAAAUCAUUUGUGCUGCCUAUAAUAAGAAUAAGAAGGGUGUUAUGUUAUGUUAUUGCAAAGGAUGAGGAGGUUCUGGCCAGUAGGAUUUCUCUGCCAAAGGUAUUGAUGCAUUCACACAUAGCUACACCUUUUUGAAUCCAUCUGCCGCCACUUUAGUGCCCUGAAAAAGCAAUAUAACUUAUAUACCUUUUAAUAAUGUAAUUAUUUGUUUUGUAUUUAGUUUGUAUUAAAAAGAUUCAUAUAUUUUGUCUAUUCUGAACUACUUUAUAAUAUAAGCAUGCCUGAGUAUAAAUGAAUGCACAUAAAAAUGAACUAAGAUGUGGGAGGUUGUGUAAUUGAUUCUAAGCUACCAAAUUCUCUAAAUACUAUUAAUGCAUUAUUACUUUAGUAAGAUCAUAAUAUGUGUAGCCUAUUAGUUUGUACUCAUAAUGUGCCAUGAAGGACUAAACCUGUGUCAUGAAGGAGGACAUGUGAAUGUAGAAAUAUGCUAUAUUUGUACAUUAUU